UCGCGACUUCGAUCGCGAGCGGCGCGUCGCAUCGCGCUCGCCGCGCGCGCUCGCGACGCGCUCGCGACGCGCCGGUGAAUCGAUUCGAUCGCGACCGGGACAAUCCGCGUCAGCACUGCGCGCUCGAAAUCGCUCGCGACGACCAUGGUCGCGCGCGACGUCGUCGCCAAGGCGGCGCGCUCGCAGCUCGUGAAAACCGCGGGCGCGAAACUGCUCGACGCGCGACCGAAGAUGAUCGCGCUGAGCGGACCGGGAGGCUUCCUGGGCGCGCGGGUGCUGGACGCGGUGCUGGACGCGCACGAUUAUCGACGAGCGCACGGAUUAGAGAGCGGCGAGGCGCUGCUGCUGUCGGCGUCGCCGGGCAAUUUGAUGUCGAGAUUGACGAAACAGUACGGGGCGGAGCGAUUGCGAGGGGUCAGGGCGUCGAGGGUGGAUUAUUAUUAUCAACACGACGUGGAUUCGUGGCAGGACCAGUUGGGGUCGCUCGGGAUGGCGGGGUGUAACUCGGUGUUCAUGAAUCUCGCCGGUCUCGCGGGGCCGGUGUCGGGGAAGGCGAACGCGAUGAUGGCGGUGAAUUAUCUCGCGCCGGUCGCCGCGGCGCGCGCGUGCGAACGAUUGGGUUUCGGGCACUUUAUUCAGAGCAGCACGCAAGCCACGAAGGCGGAGCGCGCGGGACAGGUGCCGUACAGUCGGUGGAAGGCGAUGGCAGACUUUUCGUUGGCGCGGUUGGAAAAAUUGCCGGUGACGGUGUGCGCGCUCGGAAUGUUGUACGAUAAAGACCAAGGCGUCGUCGGUCAGCGUGGGGACUUACUGAAUAUGAUUGACUUGACGCUCCUACCGCUGACGCCGAUUAUGGGCGACGGUUCGGCGCCGCUGCAGCCGCUCGAGGUCGCGGACGCGGCGAGUCGGUUGGCGUUUCUGGGUCUCACUGAGGUUGCGGACCUACCCGCGUCGAAUCUACCGUGUCAGGAAGAGGGCGCGUGGAAUCGAGAAUCGUGGUCGGGCACCGAUUCCAUUUGGAGUCGCGAAUCUUGGGCGCGCAUAGUGACGCAGAAUGAAAAGCGGCAGUACACGCUGCGCAUGUACGACGCCGUGGGUCCGGAGACGAUGAGCAUGCUCGAACUUAACAAAAAGUUCGCCCAAUUGAACAAUCGAAAGCUUCGAGCGGUGCACGUGGACUACCGCAACUUUGAGCGCGUGCUGAACGUCGCGUCGCUCGGGAACUUGAAUAGACAAUUCGUAUCGCUCUUGCGAAGCGAGCAAGACGCCGAACACCCAGUCGUUGGGAAUUCGGAUGCUUUUGAGAAAAUACUCGGCCCCGACGCCAAGCUCUGCGCGCUCGGUGAUCUCGAUCGAGUCACACAGCGGCGCCGAUUCCCGUACUCGGCCACGCUCGGAUGGGCGAUGCACAACUACGGCGUCAUCUGGCCCGGUAUUCUCCUCGGCACAGAAAUUCUCGUCACCUACCUAUUCGGUCAAAAAUACUCCACGGAUGACUACUGGAAGUACACUCGUCUGAGUUUCAAAGCCGUCUUCCUCGCGUGCGUCGUCGGCGGUGGAACGUACUUUGGCGGCGAAUCGGCGACUCAUCUCCUCGAACUCGUUCGCAACACGCUUCCGCCGCCUCCGCCGUCACCGUGAUUCAACCAUUCCAUCACGCCGCA